AUGGCUUAUACUCGUAUCGCCAUCAGAGCUUGUCGCAUUUUUGCUGGCCACGUUAUCGAUGGAAAAGAUGUUGCCGUUCCAAUCUUGGCUUGUGGAACAUGGGCAUGGGGCGAUAAAGGUCUUUGGGGAUAUGAUGAAGAGAAAGAUUUUGCGAAUGUAGAACGAGCAUGGACGAGCUUAAAUGGAUCUGGAAUUGGAUUUUAUGAUACGGCAGAAGUAUAUGGAAAAGGAGAAAGUGAGCGAAUCAUUGGAAAGUUACUCAAACAGACGCCUAGUGAACAAAGGUCACAAGUGAUCAUUGCAUCAAAGUGGUUGCCUGUUCCUAUCUUGCACGGAAGAUGGAUUCCUGGAGGGGGUAUCGAAGGUGCACUACGAAACAGUCUCAAAAGGUUGGGUGUAGAGACUAUUGAUCUGUAUCAAGUCCACAGUGCAUGGACAUACUUUUACAGCUUUGAAACGAUUGCAAAGUCAUUGGCAGAUUGCGUCAAGAAAGGUUUAACUAAAACUGUUGGACAAAUGUUGCACAUGCGGGACGCUCUCAAAAAGUACAACGUCCCUCUCGCAAGCAAUCAGGUCGAAUUCAGCUUAGCAAGAACGUAUCCCUUAUCGUCUGGCCUGAUUGAAGCUUGUCAUGAGAACGACAUCGUACCUUUGGCUUACUCACCUCUUGCAAUGGGACGUUUGACCGGCAAAUAUUCCGCGCAAAAUCCACCUCCUUCUAAUCGUAGAUUUGGAAAUUUACCAAUCGAAUCAUAUGAGCCUUUGUUGGAUGUUAUGCGUACAAUUGCCGAAAAUCACAAAGUCUCAUGUAGUGCGGUUGCAUUGAAUUAUGUAAUGGCAAAAGGAUGUAUUCCUUUGAGUGGUGCAAAGAAUGCGAAACAAGCACAACAAAAUGCACAAGCAUUAGGAUGGAGAUUGACCGAAGAAGAAAUUACACAAUUGGAAACACAUCAAAAGAUCGGUGGAACUACAUUUUGGCAAAAAGGUUGA